CUACGUUUUCUCAUAGUGAUCAAGCAUCGGAAUUGGGAAGAUGCGCACUCAAUCCUUGCUUGGAAAAAGUGACUCUGCAGAGUCUUGGGCUCUGAGAAGUGUCUCCGGGGAAGAAUACGUCGUCCAAAUUGGUUUCCCAAGAGACUGGACGAGUCGCUCUAGACAACAACAUGAGGCUCCGAUUCCGGUUUUUUACCUUACGGAUGGAAACUCUGUGUUUCUAAGUGCUUUGGAAUCAAUGCAUCGCCAUUUAUGUAUGCGCUCUCCCGAAACCCAGGGAAUCGUAGUCGCUAUUGGCUACUCUAUACCAGCGGACUCAAGAUUUCUCAUGAGCGCCCGCAGAACUAGAGAUUUCACUCCACCUGCCCAUGGAGCAGCUGGCCAUGAAGGGGGUGCGGAUGUCUUCCUUAGCUUUUUGCAGAACAAAGUCAAACAUUUAGUUGCUCGACGGCUUGACGAGACCCGGGGGGCGACUGUAGGCCGUGAAGCGCUCUUCGGACAUUCGUAUGGGGGGCUACUCUCUCUGCACGCCCUAUUUACAAGAACAGAUAUGUUUCACUGUAUCUUGGCCAGUAGCCCCAGCAUUUGGUGGAAUGAGAGCUACAUCCUUACCGAAGAAAAGUUGUUUCAGGAGGGAAUAGAAUGUCAGAAAAAUAGUCCAUCGCUCAUGCUUUUUGUUGGAGACGAGGAACAAAAUCCAACGAGAAGGAGAGGAGAAGGCGAUGAGGAGUAUAACAGGAGGCUGAGACGGCACCGAGGACUGCAAAUGGUUGAUAAUGUCAUCACCAUGCAUUCACGAUUAAAAGGAAGCGCUCGGCUAGAACGUCUCGCGAUAAGGGUUUACGAUUGAGAAGAUCACGAAUCUGUCGUAGCCUGCUCCCUUAAUCGGGGGCUGGCGACGUUCCUUGACGAUUGGCCUCUAGUAUGAAAGAAGGAA